UGAAUAAAGCUUGCUUGACUCUCACUCAGCAUCCCUGAGGGAGAGAGCCCUCCCAGCCCCAUUGUCUCGUCUCUUUCUUUUCUUCUUCACCUCCGGAGCACAGUCCUGCUCGCCGCGGCUGGUUCGCGGCAAGUGGCGCCCGAACAGGGACCUGAAGGCUUCUUGGGGCAAGACUGUCGGUGGCGCGCGCAGUGAAAUUUGGGUAAGUGGCAGUCUUGGAUGAGGUUUUGUCACUGGGAGUAAGAAAUUAUGGGGCAGGCUUCUAGCGCUGAUCUUUUUGUUCAGGUUUUACAAACAAUGCUGCAGCUGCGAGGGGUACGUGUGGAGGCUUCGCAGCUGGCUAAAUUUCUUGCUUUCGUUAAGACUGUUUGUCCCUGGUUCCCCUCUGAUGGCACUAUUAAUAUUGAAACUUGGAAAAAGGUUGGCGAUCGCAUCCAGGGCCACUUUCAAGCUCACGGGCCCGACCAAACCCCGGUCGAUGCCUUCGCUUUGUGGUCUCUCAUAAGGGAUUGCCUGGUUAAUGAUAGUGAGGCAGAAAAAUGGCGGCGGCUUCGGGGAAGCCUGCGGCGCUCUCAGUCUAUUACCACCUUGGCGCCGCCUGCCGACCCUCCACCACCUCUGCCUUCCCUCGCUCCUUCUUCAGCUCCAGGACCAGCGACGCAUGAGUGCGUUGAGCCCGACCUUGAGUCUGCUCCCCUAGUUUCGGGAGACAAACCCACUCCGCAAAAGCUACUUAUGCAUACCUUAUUUGUCAUAAAUUUUUUAACUCUGGAUGAUGAUGGACGUUCCGCCGCAGACCGGUUUUGGAAUCCACAACGUCAGGCUCAUCCUCUGGUACUGUGGCGGGAUCCUCUAACCGGUACUUGGCAUGGCCCUGAUACGGCUUUAAUGUGGGGUCGAGGAUAUGUUUGUGUUUUUCCCACAGAUGCCCCUGCUCCUCGGUGGCUGCCUGCGCGGUGUGUGAAGCAUGCCCCGAACCAAGAUCGCCCGGCUUCGCCGUCGAUUCCAACGCCUGCAUCUGACGCCUGAGCAUCGAAGCCGUGAUAUUGUGGACCGCCCACAGGACCUGGCAAUGAUGCCCCUGACAGCAGCUCUCCAGGCUCUUUUCUUUCUUUGGUUACUGACCUUCCCUGUGGGACGGGCGGAAAAUCUUUGGGCAUAUCUGCCUAACCCUCCCUUGUUACAUCCUGUAACCUGGGAUGAUCUUCAAGUACCUGUAUAUGUGAAUGAUACUAAGAUCUUGGGCCUCCCUUCGGCCGCUCAUAUUUGGCCGCAAUGGAGGGACGGCUAUUCCUAUCUCGGAGUCAGUAAGUUUCCCCCCAUUUGUUUUACUGUGACUGAUUCCCUGCCUCAUUGCGUCCGACUGAGGCAUACCCUUGAAUCUGAUGGAAACCAGUCCCGCUCUGGGAUUUAUUGGAAUGUUAAGUACCUAUACCCUAUUUUCAAUUGCUCUAACAGGGGAACUGGCCCGCUGCCGCAGAAAAUGAAGGCGUGUUCUAAAAGGGUGUCCCAAAGCAGCGGCGGGAUUGACUGGAAAAGCUGCCAUGACAACUGGACUGUUUGUAACGCGCAAAUCUGCGAAUGGGCACCCCUAGACGCCGACUGCCAUCCUACGCAACAGGUCGCAAGGUUAUGGACCGGGAACAAGACGUGGCAAACUGACUUGUGGAAGCUGACUGCCAGCUUGGGACGAAUUACCGUCUACAAGGUCAAUGUGACUGUGUCCCCACACGGAAUCUCAGGCAACGGAUCAGCAUGGAACGUUUCUACCACUGCCUGUGUUCCUGAGCCUUAUGCUCUGCUGGUAGGCCCCCUCAAUCUAUCACGAAGUAAUGACUCUGGAGUGUACUCCUUAAAUUGUA